AAUUUUAAUCAAGCUCGCCAAAUUUAUUAUUGAAACAAAAACGAACAACAAAUGUCAACGUUCCAGUUUUAAUUUGAACUAUUCCGUCAAAUGUCCUUUAUAUUGACCCGCCUUAUGUAUUAAGUGGAUAAAGAAAAUAAAAGUGGCAUUGCACAGUAGCAGAAUAGACAUGUCUCGGACAAGUUACCAGGAUCAACGUCGGCAUCUGCUGGAGGAAGAAGACGGCGCAGAUUUUGUCUGUUACGAUGAUGACGAUCUUCAAGCUGCUUCCAGAUUGAAAAGGAAACGACACAGGGUGAGGGCAUGUUUGUGGAUCAGCUGUGGUGUGUUUAUAAUAGCUUUGAUAGGAGUUGGGCUGUUUUUUGGUACCAGUGGUAUCGGGACUUCAGGCUCAAAGCCCGCUCAUAAGUCAGGACGUCUUGGGAAAUAUAGACAUGCAGCAGUUGCUUCAGAUGUCACCCAGUGUUCACAGAUUGGCAGGGACAUUAUGGAGAAGUUAGAUGGGAAUGCAGUUGAUGCUGCCAUUGCAUCAUUACUGUGUAUGGGCCUUGCUGAUCCUCAGAGUAUGGGUAUAGGAGGAGGCUUCUUUAUGACUAUCUAUAAUAAGACUACAGGAGAAAGCUCGAGUAUAGAUGCCAGAGAAACUGCCCCGAUAAAUGCUACUGAAGACAUGUAUUACAACAAUGAAAGUUCUGUUAAUGGAGGUCUUGCCAUUGCUGUACCGGGUGAGAUCCGAGGCUAUGAGAUGGCCUGGAAGUUGCAUGGCAGCUCACAUAUUUCGUGGUCAGAUCUUUUCCAGCCAGCUAUUACCAUGGCAGAAGAUGGCUUCAAAGUGCCCAAGUCUUUGGACAAUGCUCUUGUUGAUUUUUUAAACAGUCACAAAGAUGCUGACAUCAAGACUACCUACCCGCAGUUUUGGAAAACUUACUAUAAUUCCAAGACUGGAGAUUAUUACAAAGAAGGUGAAGUUUUGAAGCUACCAGAGUUGGCUCAGACCUUGACCACAUUGGCACAGGAGGGAGCAGAUGCCUUCUACAGGGGAAGUCUUACAUCACGUAUUCUUGAGGAAUUUAAAUCUUCAGGUGCUAUUAUUGGAGAGGAGGAUCUGAAGCAGUACACGGCCCUGACAGAGAAGUCAUUGAAAGUUACCUUGACAAAUGGUUAUACAAUACAUGCUCCAAAAUCCCCAUCUAGUGGUGCAAUCCUCAUGUUUAUACUUAAUAUACUAGAUGGUUACAAUAUAACAGAAGAUGAUAUAAAGACUAAAGAAGGACAGAUUCUUACCUAUCACAGGAUAUUAGAAGCCUUCAAGUUUGCCUAUGCUAAAAGAACAGAUCUGGCUGAUGCCCAUUUCUGGCCAAAUGUGACUAAGCUCAUAGCAAAUUUGACAUCAAGAGCCUAUGCGGAUUCUAUUCGAGCAAUGAUCUGGGACAAUCAAACACACCCUUAUGAGUAUUAUGGUCCAACUUAUUAUCAAGACAAUAGAACAAGCACAGCUCAUCUCUCUAUAGUAGAUCAAUUUGGUAAUGCUGUUUCCAUAACAAGCACUGUAAACACAAGGUUUGGUUCGAAGGUUUUUGGAGCAAAAACAGGCAUUGUUUGGAAUAAUGAAAUGGAUGAUUUUGCAACAUCAGAUAAACCCAACGAUUUUGAUUUAUAUCCUUCACCUGCUAACAAGAUAAAGCCAGGAAAACGUCCUCUGUCCUCCAUGUGUCCAGCAGUAUUUGUGGAUGAAGAUGGAAAAGUUAGGCUGGUGGUUGGAGCUGCUGGAGGCUCCAAAAUUACCACGGCAACUGCUUACGUGGCAGCCAGGACUCUAUGGUUUGGAGAGAAUAUAGAACAAGCAAUAGAUGCCUUACGUCUCCAUCAUCAACUAUUGCCACCUGAGUUCACAUAUGAGACUGGAUUUGAUAUGGAUAUUGUGGAGGGGCUAAAGGCCAAAGGUCACACAGCCAAAGAGGUAGAAACUGGGAAAUCAAUUGUUCAGGGUGUAACAAGAGAAGGAGAUUUCCUGUAUGCAAACAGCGACUAUCGCAAAGGUGGUUUAACUGCAGGAUUUUGAAGAUUCUAGUCAUACUGUAUAAAUUGCUCACUCUUUUCCAUGUGUGUUUAAUACAGAAAUUUAUUACUAACAAUGGCCACAUAUUUAAGUAUUUUGGUAUUCAAACAGAUUUCUUUAUGAACUACAAGUUUUACAAGGAUUUUGUGUACUUAGUUUCCUUGAUUGGAAAGAAAGGUCUGCCGUGGUUCCCUGAUUGAACCUCUGGCACAUUUCACCAAUAUUUUUAGUUUGGUUACAUUACAGAUAAAAAGUUUCAGCCAGUCAGGGACGUUGUGUUUCAAAACUUCACAAACCAAUCGAAAUGGCCGUGAAAAGUGUCCUUUCCGAUACCAAAGUUGAACAUGAGGAAUAUUGUUAUAUCUUGAGGUAAUUUUCUAAACUUAUGAUUAGAGGAAUAAACCUUUAUUACCGAUAAUUGCAGUCAUGCAAUAUCAUCUUUACUCAUUGUUAGCAAGUACUUUGCUUAGAUGUUGUUGAAGUUUCGAAUUUGGUAAGCUGAAUAAUGGCAAACUUUGAUUGGCUGAAUACAUUCCAGUUAGUAAUUAUGAGUUAGCUUGCUCACCAAAUAAAAUGAAAUAAAUCAGAUGUUCGUCUCGGGACUUUGACAAACCUCUGAUAGAUGACAAUGUAUAUCAUUUUGAGCUGUGAUUUUUAUUUACAUGUACAUUAUUUUAUUACAUAAGGCGAUUAUUAUAGUGAUAUGAAAUCUGAAAUGGAUUUUACUUAUGUUUUGUUUGGUGUCAAUUAAUUUUUAUUUAUGAUUUUGUACUUACCUGUUGUUUUCUGUUCUUGGUUCUUAAUUAUUAUAUUGCUUGAAGUCGAAUAUUGCUUUUUUUUCUGGAUCUUGAUUUAAUAUAUUCUGUUGUUUAGAAGGUUAAUAUUGUAUUUUUAGCUCACCUGAGCACAAAGUGCUCAAGGUGAGGUAUUGUGAUCACCCUGUGUCCGUCGUCCGUGCGUGCGUCAAGUCGUCAACAUUUGUGUUUAACAGACAUCUCCUCCAAAACCACUGAAUGGAUUUUGAUGAAACUUGGCGAUGAUGUUCCUUAGAUAGUCCUCUACCAAAGUUAUUCAAACGGUUCCGCUUGGUUGCACAUAGGGGCUGCCAGAGCUAAAAGUAGAAAAAACUUCAAAUGACAUCUCCUCCUAAACCGAUGGUCCGAAUUUGAAAUAAUUUCACACAAAUGGUCCUUAUGUCUCCCUCUACCAAGAUUAUUCAAAUUAUGCCAAAUCGUCAAAAAACAUGGCUGCUAAAGGGCAUGGUCACUUUUCCCUAUAUGUAUAUAGUGGAAACUUUAAAAAUUCUUGUAUGAAACUGCACGAUUUUAGAAUAAUUUUACACAAAUGGUCUUUGUGUGACCCUCUACCAAGAUUGUUCAAAUUAUACCGAUUCGUCAAAAAACAUGGCCGCCAGAGGGCGUGGUCAUUCUUCCUUAUAUGUAUAUAGUGGAAACUGCUUGCCUGAUUUUAGAAUAAUUUUACACAAAUGGUCCUUGUAUGAUCAUCUACCAAGAUUGUCCAAAUUAUUUUUGAUUCGUCAAAAAACAUGGCCGCCAGAUAUGGAAGGGAAUCUCCGCCAGGACAUGCAUGCUGCUAAAUGACAUUGCUAUGUUAUUUACUUACAUAUGCGUUCUGCAACAUUGCAACUCCGUUUUAGGGAAUUUCCGCCAGGACAUGCAUGCUGCUAAAUGACAAAUGCAUGUUGCUUUGUGUUAUUCCUUCUAAACUAAAUGCAACAUCCAUGCGUCUUUGUGUUACCUUCCAUCCGUUAGUGGCACAUACCUUGCAUCUUUCGUCACUGCAUGUAUGUAAAACGCAUAUUCUUGCGUGUAAAUGGCAAAUGCAUCCAUUCUGUGGCAUAUUAAAAUGUUUAUGUGAACAAGUUCUAAGUGUAAUGUUUUUUACGUUUUACUUUCUGAAAUAAUCGUUCCUCCAUUAUAACACAUGUAUGUUAACAUUUAGUUGUUGUCCGUUGUUUUUUGUUUUUGAUAUAUAGGUCCCUGUUGUAGACCUUUUCUAUGUAGGUCCCUACUUUAAAUUCAUGGAUUCUUAGUAUUGCAAUGAUUGAAAUUUAUGCAAGGCGAAAACAGUGCUAAGUGAGCACUAAGCAGCACGAAGUUAAUCAAAUGCGACUUUAACAUUUGUAAUAUGAAAUUCGUAGAAAGCUGGGAACCAGAAUUUCCGGCAGUUUCCGUAAAAUCAGUGAACCAUGAAUGGUGUUUUAGUAAAAAAAGUACUCAUAAUUUCCAGCUGUCCAGGGACGUAAUUUCCACCGAAAACAACACAAGUAAACACGGGUAAGUUUAGACCCUCCCACCAUUUAACCCACAGGAACUACCGAACACGUGAAUUUGCUGUCGAGAGUGGUUUCCCGUGUAUACUAAUUUGCGCUAUAAUUUUUACUUCUUGUUGGUUCCCUGUAAUGUUGUAAUGCACUACCGUGCUUAAAUUUUUGUUAUACUGCAAGUUUAAAUAUUUAUUAAAGCCAUGUGUUUUAGUAUAUUAUUUUUGCCGGGAAACUGUAAUAUACAUGUAAACAAGAACCAAGUGGUUGCAAACAUCACUAAUGUUAAAUCCAAAAAGCAGUAACAAUCAGGUUAUGAAAAUUUCGGAAUAUUCACAAGUCACAACGUUGUUAAUAGCUCGUUACAUUCAGUAGCAACAACGUCAAAUAGAUAAAGAAAACAUAGAAUACAGUUAGUAAUAGGAUGAGUAUACAUUUCAAUAUUGCAGUAAGCAAACAAAAAGGUUGAACGCACUUGUCAGUUACACGCAAGAAUAACCGCUAUUCAUGAAAGGAUUGUUUUCUUAGCAUUAAAGAUGAAUUUCUUGUAAGGCAAAUGUAAGAAACUAAAAUGCAGUUGCAAUGUUGCAGAACGCAUAUGUAAGUAAAUAACAUAGCAAUGUCAUUUAGCAGCAUGCAUGUCCUGGCGGAGAUUCCCUUCCAUAGCCAGAGGGCGUGGUCACUUUUCCCUAUAUGUACAUGUAUAUAGUGGAAAUUUUAAAAAUCUUCUUGUGUGAAACUGUUGGCCCAAUUUUAGAAUUAUUUUAAACAAAUGGUCCUUAUGUGACCCUCUACCAAGAUUGUUCAAAUUAUUCUGAUUCGUCAAAAAACAUGGCCGCCAGAAGGGGUGGUCACUUUUCCCUGUAUGUAUAUAGUGGAAACUUUAAAAAUCUUUUUUUGUGUGAAACUGCUGGCCCGAUUUUAAAAUAAUUUUACACAAACAGUCCUUGUGUGACCCUCUACCAAGAUUGUUCAAAUUAUUCCGAUUCGUCAAAAAACUGCCAGGAGGCGUGGUUACUUUUCUUCUCUGAAUCAAUAAUAGCUAGAGGCUUGAUAUUUGGAGUGUGAUAUAUCAGAUUUGUAAUGUCUACCAUAAUUGUUCAUAUUAUUGCCCUAGGUUCAUAAGUGUGUGUGACAUGUAUAUAAUAUAGGCUAACAUAGAAGAAACCUAACUCUGUACUUAUACAAACACACUUGAAGCUUUGUACACAGGUGAGCGCUUUAUGGUCAAUGAUCCUCCUGUUUCUAGAUUAUGAAUUGUUAUAUUCUAGAUCCUUAUUGCUUUCCUGUUUAUUAUGGAAAGUAAUGAAGUGUGUGAUAUGUUGUUCUUGAAUGUUGUUAUAUUUAACUUUACCUGUAUAAACAGAAAAAAAUCUUGCAAAAACAAAAUGCAUGGUUUUAAUAUGUUAAUAUAAUUAUACAACUUAGCAAAUCUACUUAUACUAGCACAUAAUGCACAUUCCAUUUAUCCAAGGAUAAUAUCAUAUCAGUGAUCAGUUUAAUGUUGGUGCCUUUAAUAUUAGUUCUAUGUUAUUUUUUGGGUAGUUACACAAGAAAAAUCAUCCCAGCAUGAUUUGAAAAUUCUAUAAAUUUACUGUUAGAAGUACUCUUUUUUUUCUGCUGCAGAAGAACAAAAUGGAAGUUUUACAGUGCUGGAUUAUUUUUGUUUGAAUGUGGAUAAUUAUAUUGGGUAAAAUUUGUAUAUUUAUAUAGUUGUUAUGAUGCUUUCCAUAAAAUUGACAUGUGAUAAGUUUUAUACAUUCCAGAAAAAGUUUAUCAUUUUAUUUACUAGAUACUUACAUACUGUGAACAUUUUCUGAUAUUGUAUGGCUGUGACAGUCUACAAACUUUAAUACCAAUGAAAAAUGAAAUCCCAAAUUUAUUAUGCCCCCCUUCGAAGAAGGUGGGGUAUAUUGUUUUGCAGAUGUCGGUCUGUCGGUCGGUCGGUCGGUCGGUUUGGGCCUAGGAUCAUGAAAGUUGAUAGGGAGGUUGAUCAUCACCAGCAGAUGACCCCUAUUGAUUUUGAGGUCUGUAUGUCAAAGGUCAAGGUCACAGUGACCCUGAAUAGUAAAACGGUUUCCGGAUAAUAACUCAAGAACGCUUGGGCCUAGGAUCAUGAAAGUUGAUAGUGAGGUUGGUCAUGACCAGCAGAUGACCCCUAUUGAUUUUGAGGUCUGUAUAUCAAAGGUCAAGGUCACAGUGACCCUGAAUAGUAAAACGGUUUCCGGAUAAUAACUCAAGAACGCUUGGGCCUAGGAUCAUGAAAGUUGAUAGGGAGGUUGGUCAUGACCAGCAGAUGACCCCUAUUGAUUUUGAGGUCAAUAUGUUAAAGGUCAAGGUCACAGUGACCCUGAACAGUUAAACUGUUUCCGGAUGAUAACUCAAGAACGCAUAGGCCUAGGGUCACAAAAGUUGAUAGGGAGGUUGGUCAUGACCAGCAGAUGACCCCUAUUGAUUUUGAGGUCAGUAUGUCAAAGGUCAAGGUCACAUUGACCAGGAACAGUAAAAUGGUUUCCGGGCAGUAACUCAAGAACGCUUGGGCACAGUGUCAGGAAAAUUGAUAGUUAGGUUGAUCAUGCUCAGCAGAUGACCCCUAUUGAUUUUGAGGUCAUUAGGUCAAAGGUCAAGGUCACAUUGGCCAGGAACAGUUAAAACGGUUUCUGAUCUUCUUGUCUAAAACCACAGAGCCUAGGGCUUUGAUAUUUAGUAUGAAGCAUCAUCUAGGGGUCCUCUACCAAGAUGAUUCAAAUUAUUGCCCUGGGAUCUAAUAUGGCCCCGCCCCGGGUGUCAUAUGGUUUAUAUAGACUUGUAUAGGGAAAAACUUUGAAAAACCUCUUGUCCAAAACCACAGGGCCUAGGGCUUUGAUAUUUUGUAUGUGACAUCAUCUAGUGGGCUUCUACUAAGAUUAUUCAAAUUAUCCCCCUAGGGUCAAAUAUGGCCCUGCCUCGGGGGUCACAUGGUUUACAUAGACUUAUAUAGGGAAAAACUUUGAAAAUCUUCUUGUUCAAACCACAAAAACUAGGGCUUUGAUAUUUGUAAUGUAGCAUCAUCUAGUGAUUCUUUACCACGUUUGUCAAAUUAUCCCCCUAGGGUCAAAUAUGGCCCCGCCCUGGGGGUCACAUGGUUCAUAUAGACUUAUAUAGGGAAAAGCUUUUAAAAUCUUCUUGUCAAUGACCUACAACAUAUAAAUUUUGACCACAUGUAUGGUUUUGAGUGGCAAGAUGAACCUUGACAUGAGUUGACCUUGACCUUGACCUAGUGACCUAGUUUCACAUUUCUCAAGCUACAGCCUUCAAAUUUGGACCACAUGCAUAGUUUUGUGUACCAAAAACAAUUUUGACCUUGAAAUUGACCUAGUGACCUACUUUCACAUUUUUGAAGGUACAGGCUUCAAAUUUUGACCACAUGCAUAGUUUUGUGUACCGAAAUGAACUUUGAUCUUGAGAUUGACCUAGUGACCUACUUUCAAAUUUCUGAUUGUACAGACUUCAGAUUUGGACCGCAUGCAUAUUUUUGUAUUCUGAAUUGAAAUUUGACAUUGAUUUUUACCUACUACUUACUUUCACAUUUCUCAAGCUACAGCCUCCAAAUAUGAAGCACAUGCAUAUUUCUGUCUACCGAAAUGAACUUUGACCUUGAUAUUGAUCUAGUGACCUACUUUCACAUUUGUCAAGCCACAGCUUUCAAAUUUGGACCACAUACACAUUAUUUUGUACCGAAAUGAAAUUUGACAUUGAUUUUGACCUUGAGCUAGUCUUGAAAUUUCGAACAUUAAAAAAUGGCUCAGUGGAUGGCACCAAGAUCACUUUGUAAUUUCUUGUUAGGUUAAAGGUCAAGGUCAGAUUAAACCAGAAUGGUAGAACUUUUGUUUACAGUGAGCAUAUAAUUUCUGUUCCUUGUGCAAUUACUAAAUGCAUCAAGGGGGGCAUUUCGUGUUCGACGAGCUCUUGUUUAAAAGUUGAAAACCAUGAAAUUCAUUGAAUAUUUGAAAUCUAUGAAUUUAUAGAUUACUUGAAUCUCCACCAGAAGCCUGGUUUUGUUUAAAAAUACAAUUUUUUUGCCAGCUUAUUUAAUUUUCCAGUGUUAUCAGGUGAUUUUAUAUUUACUGUUACUUUAUUACAUACUAUGUCAUAUAUUUUGUAUGUUUUUUAUACUUGAGAUCAGUUUAAUUAAGAAAUAAUUUAUAGCAAAAGCGUGCUUUAACACUAUGCACGAUGGGCGGUACGUCGGGCAUAAUAAUUGCAUGAGGGCUCAGCCCAAGUGAAAUUAUUUGUAUGACGUAUUACCGCCUGAGUGUAUAAAUAAAUUGUGUUCAAACACUCAUUUGCUAUAAAUUAUUUCGAUUCUAAUGUGUCCUUAAACUAAAACAGUAGAUAAAAUAUAGAAGCGCUGUUUUUUGGUCGCAACAAAAACUUUGACGUCACUGCAUGUUAACGUGACAACAUUCUAGCGCAAGAGUGUUUUAACAGAGACAAGCAUAUUAGAACGUUGAAUAAAUGUUUAGCUCUAAUCGUUAUUGCCCAGUGGCAAUGGGAAACAUGAAACCAUUUAGAUCUUGUGCUUGGCAUUUAAUACUACAAGAAUUAAUUUAUUUGUUGUAUAAAUAUAGAUUUGAUGGUAUUUUAAUGAUAGUUUCACAAACAUUUUGCAAAUUAAAAAUGAGGUCAUAGCAAAUUGAAAAUAUGUUCAUAAAUCAAGAUAUAUUUGUAAAACACACAUAUCCCGCAUGAGAUCACUAAGACCUUUGUUCAACUGACUGCAAAAACAAUAGGGGCUGAAUUUGGACCAAAAUCAUAAUUGACACUUGAAAAAUUAAAGAAAUAUUUUUUGAAAUUGUCAGACUAAACACAAGUGUAGUUUUUAUUUGCCGAUUCCUGCUGGUUUCUAACUAGGUAAAGGUAAAGAUUUUGUAAAUUGUAGUUUACGAAGAAAUUUGAAGAAUGCACCUGUAAAAAGUGAGGGACAAAAUGAAAAGGAUUUGAUUUUUAAGAGAAAUGAAGUGACUUGAGCAUUCCCAUUCUAUCCGGAAAUAUUGAUCCCUACUGAGUGGAGAGUAAGAUCAAAAAGUACUUCCUCUGUGUCUUAUAUUUGUAAUAUUUUCGGUCUCUGGAUCACCAUGUAUGAUCUCAAUGAUUUGAUAUCGUACUUUUCUGUACAUUUAAUGUGUAGUCUUCAAUGCUGCGAGACUACGUAUUUACUUACUAGGAUCUUUAUUGCUUCUUUGUAAAAGAGACAUUAGUAUAUUGGAUAUGUCUAAGGUUAUCCUCAUCUUUGGAGUUGUUUCAUUCACUCUGUUCUGCGGCACUAUAUUAUUAGUGCCUGCAGUAACUAUCGUGCUGGCAGAGCUAUAGAUCAAAGGUAAAGGUUACUAUUGAAGGUCAAUUGUUUCCGCCCAAUAACUUUUAAAUGCAUAAAUGGAUUAUCUUAGUGGUACACACAAUCGUUCCCUGUGAUCAGACAAUUUGUCAAUACCGGUACUUGAUCUAUGCUUGUCAGUUAAAGGUCAAGUUCACUGUUAAAGGUCAAGUGAAAAUUUAUUUCUGGCCAUUUUAUUGCAUGAAGGAUUUUUUAUUACUACACAAAAAUGUUUCCCAUGAUCAGACUUUGUUGUGCACAUGGCCCAUGGUUGUCAGUCAGAGGUCAAGGUCACUGUUGAAGGUCAAAUAAAAAAAACUUUCUGCUGCAUAAAAGUUUUAUAAGCAUUGAUGGAUUAUCUUAAUAAUGCACACAAAUGUUCCCCAGGAUGAGACAAUGUGUCCGGUACAUGAUCUAUGCUUGUAGGUUAAGGUCACUAUUGAAAUUUAUGUCAAAAUAGCUUUUGUUUCUUAGCUCCUAAAUGCCUUGAAGCAUUUUUAAUCAUAACACUGUUGCCAACAACCACAAGGGACGAACACUAACAAAGUUUAAUACCAGUAUGGGGACUUCUGUAUUGCCACUGCAAUACUCGAUCACUUGUUAGCUGAGGUGAGCAUGACUUUGACUUCUGAUUUUGAAUUGAUAACAGUCAUCUGUUCCGGUCCAUCCAACAUGCUUACAAAGUUCUUACAGUGUUCUUCAGUUAUAGGUGGAAACUAAUUUCCAGACCAAGGUCAAGAUUACCUUGACCUUGCCAGUAACCAUAUCAAAAGAUUUUCUAAUAACUUUUAGCAAAUGAUUACCAUAACAUGAUGUAAAAAUGUUGCCUCUUGGCCAAGAUAACAUGUUGAGAUGAGAUAAGCAGUAUUUUGUGUCUGCUCUUAAUCUUCUCCACCUAUAUCUUCAUUGUAACAGUCGCCAAGGUCAAAGUUGUAUGGAGCAAUCCAAGAUCAGUCAUUAUUUCUAUUUCACGCCAUAUCUUUUUCUUUUCAUUAUUGUCAGUUCAUUGUGAAGGACAUACAGUGAAGUUACAGGUCAAGUAGAUAGUAUUAAAUGUCCACUCCUUGGCUUUAUUUUCUUUGAAGGAUUUUUAAAUGACUUGGCACAAGUGUUUGCACAUGCAAAACAUGUUGUUCAGUAUUUUCAGUGCAAGGUUAUAUGAUAAGGGCAAAGGUCUGGUAGGCAGUAUUUUGUUUUCUACUCCAUUAAGGAUUUUCAAAUAAAUUGACACAAAUAGAUAUUUACCAUUCACUGAAAAACACAGAUCAUUUAUAUGCUGGGACAUUCGUUUUUGGUUGCGGGUUUAUCCCGCUACCAAAGUUAAGUGUAUUUCUGACAAUCAUGUAGUAUCUUAAUUUGAUUCCAAAUCACAUCCAAAGGAUGUUCAUGUGCUACACAAAGUAGUCCCAUUUCAUGAACAAUGCGGAUGAAUUAUCAAUGAUCAAGUAGUUCUUAUUCAUCCUCUAUCCAUUCACACUGGCCAUUUAGAUUAUAUAAGAUCUAUCAAUGAUUAGGUAUUCCAGCCCAUGGUUACAUCACUGACUUGCAGCUGUUCAUGUAAGGUCAGGCAGAGUUUAUCUUAGAUAUGAGGCACAUUAGUAUUUGUUUCUUAUACAUGUAUAUUUAUAGAUUUGCAUUUAAAAUGAAAAUAACUCUAGCAAAACCCGCAACCACCAGACAUCUCAAGGCUUUGAUUUAAUAAAGGAUUUUCCUACAUUUCUUCCUCUUGCUAACAUACACUUCUUGAAUUUUUGGGUUUAUUCAUGUAGUUAUAGACUCGUGUGGUUAUAGACACUGAUAUUUCUUUUGAUGAUACUCUUAAAAACAUAUGGGUAAAUACUUUUGUACGACUACAUUUAACAGUUUUUGUUGUUGUUGAAAUAUCUGUAGAUGUGCAAUAUAUUCUAGUAAAUAAAUUCUUAAUUCAA